CUCCGUCUUGGAUGGGCGGUGCUGUUCGCCGUUCGCAAACAUGGCGGACUACAAAGAGGCUCCCUUGGCUUCACGGCCAAAAACGCUAGAUUCAGCUGAAUAUUUCAAUCUUUCACACGAUUACCGGCGAUCUGAGGGUGAGAGAUCCGCUCUGAGAGCUCAACUGAAGAGGCAAUAUCUGCUACAACUCAACAAUCCUCAUCGGAAAGAGCUUAUUGAGGAUCCUGCUCUUACACGAUGGACAUAUGCACGUACCAGCAACGUAUACCCCAACUUCAGACCAACUCCUAAAACUUCAUUGCUGGGUGGCUUGUUUGGAGUUGUACCCCUCUUUGUCUUGUACUUUGUGUUUAAGACUGACAGGGACAAAAGAGAGGCCAAGAUAAAAGCAGGAAAUUACGAAAGACCCUACCACCUGUCAUCCUAAGAGCGAAUUGUUGUUUAACUGUUUAUUCUAUCCAAAAGUACUUGUAAUUAUUAAAUAAAUAAAAAUACUUUAUUGUUAAAAA